GUGCUAACGCCAGAUGUCAUUUCGCUAGCAUCGGAGCUAUCACCCUCUUCGUUUUUCUUGAUUUUGUUAUGUAUAUCCUAUUAUUUUAAUAUUUUCUCGUAUCGGGUUUAAAAUAAAUCAAAUAAAUAGUACGAGUAAAGGAUUUUUCCCAAAUGCAUAUCGUAUUUUAGUUUGAUUAUACACUUAAAUUAGGACGCUAAGUUGAGUAGCUUGUUGUUAGGGAUGUAAUGCAGGCAGGUUUGCACUCCACUCGGCAUUGUGGCUUCUCUUUUUUUUGUUGCGUCAAAUGAACAGAUAUUUUUAAAAUAUGCUUUUUUCUAGUUGCAUGUCCAGGCCAGCGUUGUUUGGUCGCACACAGUUUAGAUCAUCAUAAAUAAUCAGUUUUACAGUGAGUAGUAGAUUGAGGCACAGUUCAAAACAGACUGAUUUUUUAGAACAUCAUCAUGGAUAAGAAAUCAUUUGACAUCGUCUUGGAUGAAAUAAAAAAGUGUGUCCUGACCGAUCAACGGAUUAAAGCCAUUGAGCAGGUUCAUGGAUACUUCUCCAGCGAACAGGUCAUGGACAUACUGAAAUAUUUCUCCUGGGCAGAACCUCAAAUUAAAGCAGUAAAAGCUUUACAGCAUAAAAUGGUCGCAAUCUCCACCACUAAAGUUGCCAACAUUCUGAAUUGCUUCACCUUUUCAAAGGACAGACUUAUUGUCUUGGAGUUGAUCGCUUUGAACAUCGCUGAUGCCCAAAAUUUUCGUCCCGUGGAAGAUUUGUUUCGCAUACACCUGUCGGAGAAAAAGCGUGCUCGUAGGAUCCUGGAGCAAGUAUGCAAGGUUGGGUGCAAGGCCCCUGUUGCAAUGAUUUCGUCCUGCGGUAUGAUACCCGGAAAUCCAUAUCCAAAAGGCAGACCCAGUCUGGUUACUGGAACGUUCCCAGGAAUUCCUCUUGCAAAGAAAGAAGUAGACAAGAAGGACGACACUAACAAUACAGAGGGGAAAGGGAUAGCUACUCGGAUAAUUGGGCCUUCCAAACCUUUCCCUUCAAGCUACAACCCAAAUCGGCCUGUGCCUUAUCCAAUACCUCCGUGUAGACCUCAUGCGACCAUUGCACCAAGUGCAUACAACAACGCAGGCCUUGUAUCUAUAGGAGGGGUCAUAAUGACCAGUGUGCCCCCUCCUCCCUACAACUCUGCCCACAAGGUAGCAGGUUACACCAAACCUGGCAAUCCCCAGAACACAACACCAGGAGUCAAGAGCGGGCCGCUGCAAAUUCCUCACGGCUCCACGCCGUCAACCCCCGUCCCACCGCAAGCUUCCCCUUCUCAACCUCCAACGACUCCCAUCACCCCCGUUUUCCCCGGCAUGGUGCCCUCUCACAACUCUCCCUCCCCUGCUCCGUCGCCAUCUGUCAUUAAAGCGGGUCCACAGACCCCCGUUGGCCACACUACACCUACAUCAUCUUCUGUCAUUAAAGCUCACACACCCUCGGGUACCCCUUGCGGAACUCCCGUUCCUGGCAGCGGGGGCUUCUCGCCUUCCCCUUUCAAUUGUCAUUCCCGACCCGGAACCCCCGGCACCUCCCGCAGCGGCCCCGACAUCCUGUCUCAGAUCAUCUCCGCGGGCUCAGCUCAGCAGAGGGCUUUUGCCCCCUCUACAGAAAACCCUUUCCAUAACGCCCACCCACAACCAGGUAACCACUCAGGCUCGGUGAUCCGCAGCUACACUCCCUCUGAAACGUCAUCCAACACCCCUGGGUCCUCCACUCCGGUGAUUCCGAGUUGUUCCACCCCGGCCCCUGGUCCGGGGCCCAGCCCUAAACCCUCCCCUGCCCACUCUGCCCAAGUUUCCAUGGGGCCACCUGGACUCCUUCAGCACGAGCAGCAACGCGUAGCCACAAACAGACAGAGCGGAGGUAGCGGCAGUGGUAGUAAUAGCCCCGUGCCUUCCGCUUUCAAGGGGACAUCCCGCUCUGGUACGCCCUCUCUUAGCCCUCUGGUGGUACCGGGAUCAGCUCAGGCUGCACUGGCUCGUUCUCUAGGGCUCUCGCACCCCCCGGGCUCACCUCAAGUCUCCCUCGCCAGUCCUGUGGCCAUCAGUGGCCUACAAGCUUUGUCUGCUAGCCCAGGACCACCCCACUACCCAGGCCUAUCCCCUUUCCCUGCUCUUUCUUCCUCCCUCCCCCCUACUUCCAACUCCUCAUCGGGCAGCAUCUCAAAUCCCUCCCCAAAUUCCAUCUACCCGGGCCUGGCUCCCAACGCUGCCCCUGGCACAGCCUCGCCUUUCGGGCUAGGCCUCACUUCUGCUCCCUCUAUAUUCCCAGGCCUUCCGCCUGGUCCGAGCCCUGCAGCGUUCCCAGGCUUGGGAGUUUCAGGAGGGCACGGUGCAGGGAGCCCCGUCUUGCCAUCAUUCAUGGGAUUAGCAGGAGCCGCUCAGUCCUCCGUUGCGUCGGUGGCACCGGUGCAGGCGGCUGCGGUAGCGGCGGUGGCGGCAGCCGGCGUCCCGGCGUCAUCGCCAGUCUUACCCGGCUUUGCGUCUGCUUUCAGCUCUAACUUCCAGCCGGGGUUGAGCAGUGGCCUCCAGGCUCCAGCAAACAACGCUUUCCCAGGUCUGCUGUCCUUUCCCGGAGUCCCGGCCUUCUCCCCGGCGGCUUCCCCUGCCGCUCUUAGCGGCCUUCACAAUCCAGCUUUGCAGCCUGCCCUGCUGCAGGCUCCAACAUCUGCAUUGGAGGGCCUAGCUCCUCAGCCCAGCUCAUUCACCAAUUACCCCGCUGGACCAGGAAACCCCUUUCCCCUCCAGCCUGGUUUGCACCCCCAGUUAGGUUGGCAGUGAUACCCGCCAUUAAUUUCGAGUAUGCUAACGCUCCUUUCAAUGGCAUGUGAGGACCUUUUGUUUUCAUCUCUGAACCCAAGAUAGAAGACUGUGAAAUGAAUUGAGGAAAACGUAGUAUUUGCAUUUUUAAUAGUGAACAGAUGUAAAUAUCAGGUUAUUUUUUAAGUAGGCUGUCAGUAGUUUACAUGUUAGUGUUGUGCUUUUGUCAAUUUUAACAAAGUGAAAAUGAAUUGUAAAAAAAUGAAUGCUGCCCUCUAAUGAAAUCACUGCAUCAUGCGGGAGCUACUGACAACGGAUUUCCUGUUACCGUAAUGUCCCGUAUAUAAGGCGCACCCGUGUUUAAUGCGCACCCCAAAUUUGCUUGCAAAAUCUAGGGGAAAUUAUUGUACCCUUUUAUAACGCGCACCCUAAUUUUAGCACCAAUAAAUAGAAGAAUAAAAGAAAACAGAGCUGGUGUACAGAUACAGAAAUGUCAUUUUACUGACUGGUGAAACACAGCACAAGCAUAGCAUAUUGGUAGUUCAAAACAUUACCAUAAAUUAACAAUAUUUACGGUAAUAAUAUGAUCUGACAACUUCUCCAACUUACCAGAAUCCAGGAGAAAACAAAACACAUGUGACUUUUCGUUUAAAGGCUGCUAUAUAACUUGUUCGUUUCAUUAUGAUGAAUAAAUGUUUCUUCCAUGGAUUGAUACGGUAAAAUAAAAGUGGGGACUGAAGUCUGAAAACGGAAAAAGCGCAUCGCUGUGGACUGUAACAAGAGGAACUAUUGUUAUUUGGGUUUGAGUUUCCCGAGGGACAGAUAUAGUUGACGGACACAGGAACUCUGUGUUGUGUUACGUUUGUUAUGGUCCGAGUUGCAACAAACGUUGACUCAAAUGAGUUCAAGAAACUAAAUGCUGUGCUUUAUGAAGAGUGAAAAAAGCAGAAUUUAACACAGACGAAAUGAUUCGACCAAUCAGUGUGGUAUUACCGAAACAAGUAUUACCGAAACAAAUGGUGACGUCAUGUACCGUAAUGGUCGGCAACGGAUCGCCGCAUACGUUUUCUUCAACACAACAUGGCCGUGUCAAUAAAAAAAAAUCUGUCUUUAGAUAUAUAUAUAUAUUUCUGUCUCCAUCCAUGUACCCGUGUAUAAUGCGCACCCAUGAUUUUAUAAGUUGAUUUUGGGGGAAAAAAGUGUGUGUUAUAUUCGGGAAAUUACGGUAAUUCCUUGAAUAAAUCUUUCGGGCAUAUAUCGUUAAACAAAAAAAAUGGCAGAUUUAGUUUUAUACUCUUCAGAGGUGGGUAGAGUUGCCAAAACCUUUACUCAAAUAUGAGUAGCGUUAAUUCAACAUAAAAUUACUCAAUUUAAAUGUAGUCAUCCCAAAUAUGUACUCAAGUACAAGUAAAAAAAUACUUGGUGAAAAGAAAACUCAAGUAAUGGGCAACUGCUUUACAAUGUUUGCUUCUUUUUUCUUUCUCUUUGUUUUUUUUUUUUUUUUUAAACAAUGGUAUAUUUUUUCCCUCAGCACAUUGUCAUCUAUAUGAACUCUUAUUAUGCGCUGGCUCGCCCCCCAGCUCCCCGAUUGGCUGGGGAAGGGCCGCAGCCCUGGGGCAGCACCCACGCGGCAUUUCCACUCGUCUGCAGGACUAUCAAAUGUCUGAUGGGAUUCACGCAUGACUAGGUGAAAUUAGACACACUCAAGUAGAGAAACUUUGUGUCAGGAUUACCGAUCAGGCAGCAUAGAAUAGUUUGCCAACAUAUCCACACUCACAAGGGAUUCACACAAAUACUGGGUUCUACACCUCACAUGGCUUAUUUGUGUACACUUCACCCCUCCCAAUCACUUAUCUUUCUGAUUCCCCCGCCCCCCUUUCUCUUUCUCCUUGGUCAUCAGGCUCCCCACAUGGUGUCAACCAGAAAUACAACUCGCUAACGAUUGCCCCAACAUAUUCAUAGUGCAGGCGUUCAAUGUAUGUUUUUGUUGUUUGUGCUUCUUCUGUCUCUCUCGCCUUAUCUCUUUUUUUCUGUCCCCCCAUAACCCCUUCCUGUCUGCUGCUUUCUUCUAAAAAAAUAUAAAAAAUUUGAAAAAAGCUUAUAAUGCUGUACUAUAACGUGGCCAUAAUAGGGCAAAACAAAUACACAACAAUCAUCAAAUUCAGACUACAAAAAUGAAACAUCAACCGUCCAAAGAUAAGGGGUGCCCUCUUGUGGAGAAAAAAACUUUUCCUACCAUGAAAUUAAAACUACUCGAUCUCCGGUUUUCUGUGGACUAUCUGUGUCAAAUCAAAACUGGGAGGAAUCCGCACUUUCGAGUAAUGUUGACUCUUAGUCAAAUAGCUUAUUUUUUAAAGCGUUUUAAAGACGCCAAGUGAUUGAACAGUCUGGGGUAAUCGUAGGACUUCUGAUAGCGAUCUUGUGUGUGUGGUCAUGUGACUGUAUUGUAACGUCUGAAUGCAUUAUGUGAUUAUUGUUGCGACAUCCCAUUGGUGAAACUGGCGAAACCUAGCAAAAAUGAAUAAUCUAAUAUGUAGAAGGAAGAGGAAAAAUGUAAGGGAUGUCUCUGAUUGGAUUACCAUCCAUCAUCUACAGCUUAAUCUGGGGUCGGAUUGUGGGGACAACAGUUUUAGCAGGGAAGCCCUUACUUCCCUCUCCCCAGCCACUCAAUCAGUUCCAGCCGAGAGACAUUAGCCCCUUUUAUACUUAUAUCCUGGUAAAUUCCCAUCACCUUACGCGAGAUUUACCCGCGUCAUUGCUUUCACACAUAGAGAUAUAUCCUGGGAAUCACGCGAGUUGGGCACUUUCACGGACUUGUCCCACGUUACUGACUCGGCUUCUCUUUGCGGAGAGGGCGGCUGGCGCGAUUUUAUAACCCGGAUAUUACGUCAUUUUUGACCGGCAUCGACAACAAAAUAAACCACACAUUUCCAAAGAUGGACGAUGGACUUCCUUGGCUCUACGAUCUAGUAGCAAUUUAAUUUUGUUAUAUUUUCAGUUUCAUUUUGCUAUUUCCAGUUUGCCAUGUUGAUAAUUACGUUGUUUGUUUACCGCUUUUCGCCCUACUUCGAAGAAAGAGGAAAUGACGUUCGGCCUGCCAUGAUAUUUACGUCAUCAGCCAUUGUGCUGUGAUCCGGGAAUUUAACGCCUGCUUUCACACAUACGGCUUCCCGGGAAAGUCCAGGACAUUAUACUAAGACACGAUUUGGUAAAUGUCCGCGUCAUCUCCGUGUCAAUGGACCUGGGAAAUUGCUUUCACGCAUAAGGGCUACCCGUUUAAACAAGGGUUGGGAAUCUCUGGCAUGAAGCCGAUUCGAUAUGUACUGUAUCUAGAUACACAGUUUACGAUUUGAUUAAAAAAACGAUACAUUUUUAAGGGCGAGCGAUUCGAUACGAUUCGAUACAGUUUAAGAACGAUACGGUUCGAUACAGAGUGAAAACGAUACGAUAGUAAACAUUUGUUGUGUGUGUUCGUACAGUAUUAAAGAUUAAACAAAAUUUCAUACCAAUGUUAUGUUUUAUUUUUAUAUGGAAAAAAAAAAAAAGCUUACUAUAUGACCGUCAUUUUGUUGGAUGGGAUUGAUUAUAAAAUAAAACUCCAGUGACAGACAACAAUAAAGUAUUUCCUGGUGUUUUGAACACAAUAGGUAAGUAAUUUAAGUGCAAACUUCCAACGUAAACAUCUUACAAGCAAAAAAUAUUAAUUAUAUGCAGCAGCUCUAGAAAAAAAGAAUUAAACCUGCUAGUGUUAUCAUAAAUAAAUAAUAAAUUAUGCUUUACCACUGGUAUAACUGGGGGAAUAAAAACAUGGCUUUUUAGACAGACAGGUCUAUAAUCAUUACUUUAACCUUAUACACAGCAAAGUCAUUCACUUAUGCCUGUGUUUCUACAUUUUUUUAUUCCUCAUCACGGUCUAUAUCUUUUUUGAAGGGCAGGUUUUUCUUGAGGAAGAUCAACUGAUCCACAUGUUCAUGUUUAAGGAGACUGCCUUUCGUAGAAACAAUAUGCCACCCUUUCCACCAUUGUAGUGGGUUAUUUUUCAGGGUUAAAAACUCACGAUCUCUGUACCGCUUCACACUUCACACUAGCUCUGUCUCACGCGAACAGAUCUGGCUGCCUUCGUCACUUCAAAGUCCGACUUUUGUUUUCCGGGGUGCGUUGAAAAUCAAUCGCUGCACGUAGCUGGCGUGGUGCGCAAACUGUCCAUUGUUUUAGCAUGUUGCUUCGUUGCCACAACUAGUUUCGUUUUGGGCUAUGAAAAAAACGUUACGGAGCAUGCGGUACAGUGGUUUUGUUAGCGCUCGCGUUGUUAUGACACGCCCGUGACGAUCGAGUAAUGACGGCGACUGCUAGCGGUUCUGCCGAAAUGAAUGGGAAGUUGAGGCAACCACGAUGGCGGUCACAAUCUAAGUGCGCUGUGUGGUGAAUGACACAAGCGCAGCAUGUGAGGUAAAAGCUAAAUUAUUAUCAUAUUAAGCAUUGCAUUGAACUAGGCAUUAGAAGCCGAUUCUUGUGCUCACGAUAGCCAAAUUCUAUCUCUAUUAUCGAUUCAUUGAAUAUUUAAUGGCUAAUUACUGUCGAAUGGUAACUUUACUAUCGAUACAGCUGUAUCUCUCACCUGUAAAACCGGAUAUCCGGUCGUAUCGGUUUAUCGUUCUCAAGCUUAGUUUAAACCAGUGAUUUUAACAGUGUUUAGGUAUGUGUGAAAGGCGCUAUAGUCUCUCCAGCAUGUCCUGAGUCGUUCCUGAGGCAUCCCGCCGGUAGGACAUGCCUGGAACACAUCUCCAGGGAGGCGUUUGAUGGUCGAGGGAUUUGCGUGUCGUGUCCUAAUGAUCCUAGGAGCUAUGUUGUCUGGGGCUUUAUUCCCCUGACAGGGUCACCCAUGGCAAACAGGUGAGGGACCAGACAAAGCACGGCUCAAAAGACCUCUUAUGAUGAAUGAUAUAAAUGGACUUAGUCCACCUCGCCCCCCCGGAGCCAGGCCUGGACGUUGGAGCUCAAAGGCUAGCGUCUGGUGGCCGGGCCUAUAUCCACCACCUGUGGGAGCGGCCAAAGGGUUGGGCCGGGUGCGUAGGGAGUUUAGCGGCAGCCAAAGGCCUUGUUGGUCCGAACCCCAGCUGAAGUGGCUAACCCUUGAUUCAAUCACGUAAUUUGAAAUCGGACCAUUUUUCAGAGGAUUGGAAGCUGGUAAAAAUGAUCGGGUUUUAGAUUUUUAUUAUUUGUUUUAAGGGGCUAAAAAGUAACAAAGUAAUCCAGAAAUAGAAUCGCAUUGCCAAAACAACCGUAUUGGCCCGAAUAUAAGACGGUGUUUUUUGCAUUGAAAUAAGACUGAAAAAGGGGGCGUUGUCUUAUAUUCACGGUCUAGACAUUAUACCCAUUCACGACGCUAGAUGGCGCCAGAUAUCAUUGAAUCGAUGUUCUGUCAUGACAGCUACUCUCAAGUUUAACCAGUUUGCAUUAUUUUAUUGCAAUGUUUUUCCUUAUUGAGAUUUGUUUCAAUACUACAGUUACAGUUAGACUUCACUUUGAUAGUUAAUGCAGUUAUUGCAAUUUUGUCGUUUUAUCACAAUAGAUUGGUUUAUUUACAUUUCAAAAACCAGAAGCCAUUCAUUAACGAAUGUGAUUGGACUUUAGUUUACAUAUUUAAAUGUGCAGAUAUCAAGAUUUGAAUGAGGCAAAAUAACAUGCUUUUUCUCUCAAAUAUAUUGUUAUAAUCAUUUUAGGACUGUCAAACGAUUAACAUUUUUAAUCGAGUUAAUCACAGCUUAAAAAUUAAUUAAUCGUAAUUAAUCGCAAUUCAAACCAUCUAUAAUAUAUGCCAUAUUUUUCUGUAAAUUAUUUUGGAAUGGAAAGAUAAGACACAAGACGCAUAUAUACAUUCAACAUACUGUACAUAAGUACUGUAUUUGUUUAUUAUAACAAUAAAUCAACAAGAUGGCAUUAAUAUUAUUAACAUUCUGUUAAAGCGAUCAAUGGAUAGAAAGACGUGUAUUUCUUAAAAGGUAAAUGUUAGUACAAGUUAUAGAAAUUUUAUAAUAAAACCCCUCUUAACCCUAUAUUGCCAAAUGUAUCACAUUUGAUACACCUAAAAUUUCAUGAUUUUGAGACUAAUUCAGAAUUUUGACAUUUCUUUUUGAAAAAAAAAAAAAAAAGAUGGAUGCAAGUCAACACAUGCAUCUGCAGGUUCCAUGAAAAAAAAAACAGGAUUUAGCAAGGGUUAUAUAUAUAUAUAUGCUAUAUAGCGCUUAAUUACACAUAUUCAUUUUGACUUUUCUUUUUUCAAAUUUGAAAAAAAGGUUUCAUUACGACCUUAUUUUUCAAAUUUUGGGAUUCUAUGAUGAUUGCUUCAUAUUGCUGGCAUUAAAGGGUCUUUUCAUUUCAAUAAAAUUUGUAAAAUUUUCAAUCAAAAAAUAAACUAGUAGCUCGCCAUUGUUGAUGUCAAUAAUUACCCCAUGCUGCUGAAACCCAUAAAAUCAGUCGCACCCAAGCGCCAGCAGAGGGCGACAAAACACAAGUAACAAGUUGACAUGA